UUUCAUUUACAAAUCUUGGUUGAUACUCCCUUCACUUCUUAAGAGAAAACUGGGGAAUCACACGUCCCAAAAUCAUAGAGAUAAGUGAACUCUUUUUCCCUGAGGAUCAUUAAGACUGAAUUACGAUGCCCAGAUCGCAAUAGCUGAGAUUUUUUCCGCGUGGUCACCCUACCCUAACAACCGCAUCAAAUAACUGCUGACAGGUGGUUAUCCAUCGGUAUGUAUGUCUGUCUGUGCUAAAAUUAGCAUUUUGGCUGCAGACUCACCAUGAUUGAAGAACUGCUUUGGUUUGUUUUGGUGGUAAUUCUCGUUAGGUUGGCCGUGAACCAUUUCAGUGCCACCAAACAUCUUCCUCCAGGUCCAUUUCCAAUACCAAUUAUUGGAAAUGCGCACAAACUGGCUGCUGAUACACGUCAUGUUGACCUCAUGCAGUUGGAAAAACAAUAUGGCAAAGUAUUUCGCUUGUAUCUGGGGAGCCAGCUCGUCGUAAUUGUUAGUGGUGGAGAUGCUAUUCGAGAAGUUCUCGUCACAAAAUCUGCCGAUUUCGCCGGACGUCCGAGUAUCCACUCGGCAGAAGUUUAUUCUAAAGGAAGGGCAAUCGGGUUCGUCGAUUAUUCUCCGGAAUGGCGACUGCAUCGCAAAGUUACCAUCUCGGCAUUGAAAUUGUACGGCGCUGGUGGGAUAAAGCAAGAGGCCAUUGUUACUAAUGAAUUCGACUUGCUUAUGAAACGUGUCCGCGCCAGAAAUGGACAGCCCCAUGAUAUCACCAAAGAGAUACGACUGGCUAUCACGAAUGUAAUUUGUGCCCUAGUGUUUGGCUCGAGAUACGAACCUGAUGACCCCGAAUUCUUAAAAUUUACAGAGAUCACCAACGCAAUAUUGAGUAUGCUUGCGGCUGGAAACAUAGUCGAUGUUUUCCCUUGGCUUAGAUUUCUUCCAUUAAAAUCUAUCCAGCAGUUAAGAGAGAACUGCAAAGAGCGAGACAGACUGGUUGGAAGAAUUUAUCAAGAGCAUGUGGAGGCCAAUAGAAUUGCAGCUCCUAAAGACCUGACAGAUGCGCUCUUGAAGGCGAGGAAAGAGGCUGAAGAAGAAGACUCGUCUGUAAAAGGAUCCUUAACCGACGACAAACUCAUCUCGACCAUGGGGGAAGUCUUUAUUGCUGGAAUGGAGACCACUGCAAGCAGCUUGUGCUGGGCUCUGUUGUACCUUAUUUACAAUCCCAAGACCCAGGAGAUUUUACAUCAAGAGCUGGAUGAGGUCAUUGGCCCGGAUCGCUUACCGGAACUCCAAGACAAGAAGAAGCUACCGUACCUGGAGGCCACUAUCGCCGAAACUCUGCGUCUCUCGUCCCUCGGGCCACUGGCAAUUCCUCAUAAAGCAAUAGUGGAUACGACUUUACAAGGUUAUCAUAUUCCGAAGGGUACAGCAGUAAUAGUCAAUCUGUGGUCCCUUCAUCACGACCCAGCCAUCUGGGAUAACCCCGACAAGUUCAUGCCCGAACGGUUCCUCGACAAGGAUGGUAAAUUCGUGCCUCCAAAACAGGACCGCUUCCUCCCAUUCUCAGCAGGGCGUCGGGGAUGCCUAGGAGAAUCUUUGGCGCGCAUUGAGCUCUUCUUGAUCUUAGCACGAUUACUGCACAGCUUUAGAUUUGAGAAUCCACCCGGCUACGACCUUCCCACCCAGGUGCCUAUCGCGGGGCUGGUGUUGAUGCCACAGCCAUUCAAAGUAUGUGCUUUUUACAGGCAUGAAAACUGACAAAAACAGUUGUAGAUCUUUUUACGACUCACAGUAAACUAUAGCGUUUAGUAAAGGAUUAUAAAAAAAAAAAAAAAAAAAAAAAA